AUGAAGUUUGCCAAGGAGCUUGAGCAGGAGCUCGUCCCCGAGUGGAGAGCCAAGUAUUUGAACUACAAGCUCGGAAAGAAGAAGGUUAAGGCUAUAGCUCGCGCCUUUCGCAACUGCCAUCAGAGCCCCCGAACCCCGGGCCUCCGUCGGAUCUCCACCUUCACUCCCUCUCCGCAUAACGUUGUCCCAUCCUACUCGUUCUUGAACCGCCUAGGACGAACCUCUACCGUUGACUCUGCCGCUCCGAAUCUACCACAUGAUGCCCCACGGAACAUCGAGACAGGCACGGGCGGAGAACCCGAAGCCUUGACCCGCUACGGGAGCAUACUAGGAUCGCCGCCAAAAAGGUCGGGUAGCAACCACUUACCGACGCUUAAUCUUCCCGACCCGGCUGUCGAUCCGGAGCGCGCCACCGUGUCUUCGCGAUGGCAGGCAACCGAACCGCCUUCGCCACCUAAAUCAGGUCUUGCGCCCGGUCCCAGCGCCUUUGAAAUUGGCAAAACGCGAUCACCUGGCAAGCCAACCUUGCCCGCCAAGUAUGCCAGUAUAUUCACCCCGAAGCGCGUCAACUCAAUGCCAGGAGUGGCCGCGACGGAGACGCCCGGUGGUCCACGCCCCGGCCUUAGAAGACUGCUAUCUCUGGGCCCAGAUGGUGGAGUACCGCAGCCGACCCCGGGCAAAGAGUCGGACGUGCCUCUCGAAGCGUACCGCGAGCUCGAUGUUCGCCAAGCAGAGUUUUUCGGCUUCUUAGACCAGGAGCUGGAAAAAAUCGAGGCCUUCUACAAGGAAAAGGAGGACGAAGCCACUAACAGACUCGAAGUGCUACGAGAGCAGCUGCAUAUCAUGCGAGAUCGCCGUUUGGAUGAGAUCAUCUCAAAACUUCAAAAAUCAAAGGCCGUUCCGCGGAAAACCCCGUCAAACGGCUUCUUCGACUCCAACGGAUCAGACGACAAAGCCAAUGGGAGCGGUGCGUCAUCGCAAGCGUGGUUGAAGCCGUUAGACGAUGCAAUUGAGGCAGCCAAGAAGCUCCCGGAGGUGGUCAAAGGUAAGCCAAAGCCUAUGAGCAAGAACGCUAGAGCUAUGCAAGAUCUCGGAACUCCCUGCGGCCCAAUUCCACAGGACCGCCGUGACUAUACCCGCCGCCCUGAGCCAGCUGGCGUGCCCUACCGGACGGCGAAACGUAAACUCAAGACUGCUUUGCAAGAGUACUACCGUGGUUUGGAGCUUCUGAAAGCGUACGCUCUUCUGAACCGGACAGCGUUUCGCAAGAUCAACAAGAAAUACGACAAGACCGUCAUGGCGCGGCCAACUAUGCGCUACAUGAGCGAAAAGGUCAACAAGGCCUGGUUCGUGAAUAGCGACGUCAUUGACGGUCACCUUCACGCCGUGGAGGAUCUCUACGCCAGGUACUUCUAUCGCGGCAACCACAAGAUUGCGGUGGGCAAGCUGCGCGUCAAAUCGGCAAAAGCUGGCGACUUCAAUGGCUCUUCAUUCCGCAAUGGGCUGUUGCUGGCUACGGGGAUGGUCUUUGGCUGUGAAGCUAUCUCUUACGCGUCUAAAUACAUAUUCGAUGACGACUCGUCAAUCCACACGACAACAACAUUCCUGAUGCAGAUAUACGGCGGCUACUUUCUGAUGCUUCUACUUUUCCUCUUUUUCUGUCUUGACUGCAAGGUUUGGACAGAUCAGAAGAUCAAUUAUGGUUUCGUUUUCGAGUUCGAUACCCGGACACAGCUUGAUUGGCGACAGUUAUGCGAGAUACCUUGUCUCUGCGUUUUCCUCCAAGGCCUUAUUAUGUGGCUUAAUUUCAGCCGCUAUGGCGGCGAAUCCAUGUACAUUUACUGGCCCGUCGUCUUGAUUGGUCUAACAGUAUUCGUCAUUUUCCUUCCUGCUCCUGUAUUGUACCACCGUAGCAGACGGUGGUUCGCAUAUUCCAAUUGGCGCCUGUUUUUUGCAGGUCUUUACCCAGUCGAGUUUCGAGAUUUCUUCUUAGGCGAUAUGUUCUGUUCUCAAACAUAUGCUAUGGGUAACAUCGAACUAUUUUUUUGUCUAUAUGCCAACGGUUGGGAAGACGCAACCUCGUGCAACUCGUCACACUCUCGGCUCCUGGGCUUCUUUUCAACGUUGCCCGGUAUUUGGCGUGCCCUCCAGUGUCUGCGACGUUACUAUGAUACCCGCAACUUUUUCCCGCAUUUGGUCAACUGCGGCAAGUACACGUGGACGAUCCUGUACUACAUGAGCCUUAGUCUUUAUCGGAUACACAAGACUUGGCAUCUGCGGUCAUUCUUCAUCUUCUGCGCGACAGUCAACGCGGUUUAUUGCACCACCUGGGAUCUGGUUAUGGAUUGGAGUCUGCUGAAUCCGUACGCGAAAAACCGGUUCCUGCGCGACAACCUGGGGUACAAGAACGUAUAUUGGUACUACGCCGCCAUCAUUUUGGAUCCCAUCCUCAGGUUUAAUUGGAUCUUUUAUGCCAUAUACGGCGACGAUGUCCAGCACUCGGCGAUUCUCUCAUUCAUGGUGGCCUUGUCGGAAAUAUUCCGCCGUGGAAUGUGGACCCUGUUCCGUGUUGAGAACGAACACUGCACGAAUGUUGUCAGGUAUCGGGCCUCGCGAGAUGUGCCUCUACCAUACAGUGUUCCGGCUUCAACAAGAGUGAGUUUGGUGGAGCAAGGUGACGAGUCGCCUCUUCAAAGACCGAAGACCCCCAAAGCACAUGCUCACGGAGAGUCCGGUACAACUACGGGGGCCGAUUUGGAAAGGCAGCGGACCCGUGGGGCCUCCAUCCGUCGCAGAUCUGGGUCAACACCGGCGCCGGCGACCCGUGCUCUCACUCGUGUGGGUACUCUGCUUCAUGCGGCGCACGCGCAGGAUUUCGAGCGUCGCAAGAAGCCCGAGGCAGGGCCAAGUGGCGGUAACGAUGAAGAUGACGAGGACGAUGACGAGGGCAGCGAUGAGGACGCGAAGAGGCGGGAGGAAAUGAAUGAGGAGGAUGUGGAGGACAUAGCCAGAGCUGAGGGACUAAUUUCGAGAGUUAGCAUGGAAAGCCCACAGCAGACUGCCUUGGGCUCUUAA